AAAUAAAGGAAAGAAUGGAGAGAGUGAGUCCACCAACAAGUCGACAAAAUAAGAACACCAGCGACAGUUGAUCGACGAAGAAGACCAAACUCAGAUUCAGACCAAAACCCAAUAUUACAUUCUUGAUUUGCUCUUUCUCUAUUUGUUUAAACCAUUUUCGACUCUAUUUGACAUUGUUCUCAAAGUUUGACAGAGAAAAGCUAGAAAAAUUUCUUCUUCUUUUGGACAUGUAUGGACUCUGGGGAUUCGAGCGGUUGAAGCUCAGGAUGAUGGUGGUCAUGCUGUUAAUGCUGGUUUUAUCAUUGUUUGAGCAGAAUAUGAGCUUCUCCUCGCCUUUGAACAGUGAAGGUUUGGCUUUGUUGAGGUUCAAACAGAGAGUGGUGAGUGACCCUUUUGGUUCUUUAUCGAACUGGAAGGAAAUUGAUGGAGAGAUUGAUCCGUGUUCUUGGUUCGGGGUCGAAUGCUCUGAUGAAAAAGUUGUAAUUUUAAAUUUGAAAGAUCUUUGCCUUGUUGGGAACCUGGGACCUGAAUUUGGGAAGCUGGAGAAUUUAAAAUCUAUUAUAUUGCGCAACAACUCUUUGUCUGGAAGCAUUCCUCAAGAAAUUGGGGAAUUGAAGGAGCUGGAGGUGUUGGAUUUAGGAUUCAAUAACUUUAGUGGACCAUUUCCAUCUGAUUUUGGCAACAAUCUCUCCUUGACAACACUUUUACUUGACAACAAUGAGUUUCUUGGAAAUCUAGCACCUGAAAUAUACGAGGUUAAGAUGCUUUCUGAAUUUCAAGUAGAUGAGAAUCAGCUAACCGAUGCUGCUACUAUACCAUCUUGUAAAAGCAGUGGUUUCCCCUGGAAUAUUGCCCAGCCAGGAGAUAUAGCUUAUGGGAGGCGGCUGCAGCAGGUGUUUGUACCCUCUAAGACAGCCAAUGAAAGAGUUUCCCAACUGUCACCAUCACCUUCGCCAUCAGAAUCCUCAUUUUCACCUUCAAUGUCACCUUCACCUUCAUCGUUGUCUCCUUCAGAAUCCCCCUCCAGUAUCUUUUUGACUCCUGCACCUUCACCUUCACCUUCACCUUUACCUUCACCUUCACCUGAAUUAGCACCGGCUCCAGCUUUACAACCUCCUGUAGAUCCACCAGUAUCUAUCUCUGAACCACCCCAAUCACACAAUGCUCCAGUCAAUUCCCCUGCUUCAACUCCAAGGCAAAUAUCAAAUGAGAAUUCUGAUUCAAAACAUCAUAUUUUUCCAAUUUUGAUUGCAAGUAUUGGAUGUUCCUUGAUUGUUUUGGUUUCAGUCCUUAGCAUUAUCCUCUUCCGAAAUAGCAAGGUGGUUUCUGUCAAACCUUGGGCCACGGGAUUAAGUGGGCAGCUGCAGAAGGCAUUUGUAACAGGUGUACCGAAGCUCAAGCGAUCAGAACUUGAAGCAGCUUGUGAGGAUUUCAGCAAUGUAAUUGGUACCUUUUCUGAUGGAACAGUCUACAAGGGGACUUUAUCAAGUGGGGUCGAAAUAGCAGUGACAUCAACUGCGAUUUCGUCUCGUGAAGACUGGUCAAAGAAUUUAGAGACACAAUUUAGAAACAAGAUAGACUCGUUGUCUAAAGUGAACCACAAGAAUUUCGUGAACCUCAUUGGCUAUUGUGAAGAAAAUACGCCUUUCACAAGAAUGAUGGUUUUUGAGUAUGUUCCUAAUGGAUCACUCUUUGAGCAUCUACAUAUACAAGAAGCUGAGCACUUGGACUGGGGAAUGCGCCUAAGGAUAGCCAUGGGAAUAGCGUACUGCCUUGAGCAUAUGCAUCAGCUUACUCCCCCUAUAGCCCAUAGAAACUUGCAGUCUUGCUCUGUAUAUCUGACUGAAGACUAUGCUGCAAAAAUAUCUGAUUUCAGCUUCUUGAAUAAUGCUACCGCAGCCAAGGUGGGAUCGGCUACCAUGGAGCUCUUAGAAUCUCCAUCAGCAGAUGCAGAGAGCAAUGUUUACAGCUUCGGGGUAAUAUUGUUUGAAAUGAUAACUGGUAGGAUCCCGUAUUCGAUAGACAAUAGCUCACUUGCAGACUGGGCCUCAGACUACUUGAAAAGGGACCAACCCUUGAAAGAAAUGGUGGAUCCAACUCUUAAAUUUUUCCAAGGAGAUGAUCUGGAAAAAUUGUUUGAAGUGGUUAAAACUUGUGUUAAUCCUGAUCCAAAAGAGAGACCAACAAUGAGAGAAGUUGCAGCCAAGUUAAAAGAGAUUACAGCAAUGGGACCUGAUGGAGCAACUCCAAAACUCUCUCCCCUUUGGUGGGCUGAGCUUGAAAUAUUGUCUACAGAACCAAGUUAAUCAGUGAAAUUGAAAUUUAACGCUAAUAAAUUUGCAUUCUGUUUUCCCUGUUUCUAUUGUUGGGCUCCGAAGCAGCGGAGUUCCAAGUAGAUUCUGCUUCUUUAAUCAAAAGCUUGGAAAGAGAAAUGAAUCUUUGUAUAUAAUUCAUAGAGAAAAAUAUAUGAUGUGAGCCUUGAUUUGCUGCUGCUUCUCCA